AUAAAUAAAUAAAUCUUCUUUCUGCACAUAUUGCUAGGUGGUAAAGUGGAUGGCAAGCAAAUGGCCAAUCAAGACAAUAGGACCUUUGAUUCCCUCAACAUAUUUAACCAAAACUCACAAUGAUAAUGGCAAAGAAGACUCUCGAAUCCAUCUAUUCAAACCAGAUUAUGAAUCUUGCAUGAAAUGGCUACACGAGAGAGACGAUAACUCGGUGAUUUACGUAUCAUUUGGGAGCGCUGCUGGAGUUGAACAAGAACAAAUGGAGGAACUUGCAUAUGCUUUAAAGGAAAUCAAUCAAUAUUUCUUGUGGGUUGUGAGAGAUUCUGAAGAACAUAAACUUCCUAAAGAUUUCAAGUCAGAGUCAUUAGAAAAAGGUCUUAUUGUGAAGUGGUGCAAUCAACUUGAUAUUUUGAAUCAUAAGGCAAUUGCAUGUUUCUUGACACAUUGUGGAUGGAAUUCUACUCUCGAAGCAUUAAGUAUGGGGGUGCCAAUGAUAGCUAUACCACAAUUUGUUGACCAAAUGACUCAUGCAAAGUUUAUUGAAGAUGUGUGGAAAGUUGGAGUACGACCUAAAUUGAACAAAAAAGAAAUUGUCACAAGAGAAGAAAUUAGUACUUGUAUUGAUGAAGUUGUUCAUGGGAAAAGAGGAAAGGAGUUUAAGAGAAAUGCUCUUAAGUGGAAAGAUUUAGCCAAACAAUCAAUGUUUGAAGGUGGAAGUUCUCGUAAGAAUAUAGAAGAAUUCAUUUCAAAAGUCACGUCUCUUUAACUUAGGCACGUGUUAUUGAGUACCUAACUACUCUCUC